CCGCCACCACCUCCACCUCCCUUCCAUCCUCGACAAGAUGCCUGCCCCCGGCGCCCUCAUCCUCCUGGCGGCCGUCUCCGCCUCCGGCUGCCUGGCGUCUCCGGCCCAUCCCGAUGGAUUCGCCCUGGGCCGGGCCCCUCUGGCCCCUCCCUAUGCCGUGGUCCUCAUUUCCUGCUCAGGCCUGUUGGCCUUCAUCUUCCUCCUCCUCACCUGUCUGUGCUGCAAAAGGGGCGAUGUCGGUUUCAAGGAGUUUGAGAACCCUGAAGGGGAGGACUGCUCCGGGGAGUACACGCCCCCUGCGGAGGAGACCUCCUCCUCACAGUCGCUGCCAGAUGUCUACAUUCUCCCGCUGGCUGAGGUCUCCCUGCCAAUGCCUGCCCCGCAGCCUGCACACUCAGACAUGACCACCCCCCUGGGCCUUAGCCGUCAGCACCUCAGCUACCUGCAAGAAAUUGGGAGUGGCUGGUUUGGGAAGGUGAUCCUGGGAGAGAUCUUCUCUGACUACACCCCGGCCCAGGUGGUGGUGAAGGAGCUCCGGGCCAGCGCCGGGCCGCUGGAGCAGCGCAAGUUCAUCUCGGAAGCCCAGCCAUACAGGAGCCUGCAGCACCCCAACGUCCUCCAGUGCCUGGGCUUGUGUGUGGAGACGCUGCCCUUCCUGCUGAUUAUGGAGUUCUGCCAGCUGGGAGACCUGAAGCGGUACCUCCGGGCCCAGCGGCCCCCCGAAGGCCUGUCCCCAGAACUGCCCCCGCGAGAUCUGAGGACACUGCAGAGGAUGGGCCUGGAGAUCGCCCGGGGGCUGGCGCACCUGCACUCGCACAACUACGUGCAUAGCGACCUGGCUCUGCGUAACUGCCUGCUGACUUCCGACCUCACGGUGCGCAUCGGAGACUAUGGACUGGCGCACAGCAACUACAAGGAGGAUUACUACCUGACCCCCGAGCGCCUGUGGAUCCCGCUGCGCUGGGCGGCGCCCGAGCUCCUGGGGGAGCUGCACGGCACCUUCGUGGUGGUGGACCAGAGCCGUGAGAGCAACAUCUGGUCUUUGGGGGUGACCCUGUGGGAACUCUUUGAGUUUGGGGCCCAGCCCUACCGUCACUUGUCAGACGAAGAGGUCCUCGCCUUUGUUGUCCGCCAGCAGCACGUCAAGCUGGCCCGACCACGGCUCAAGCUGCCCUACGCGGACUACUGGUAUGACAUUCUGCAGUCCUGCUGGCGGCCCCCUGCCCAGCGCCCCUCGGCCUCUGAUCUCCAACUGCAGCUCACCUACCUGCUCUCUGAGCGGCCCCCCAGGCCCCCGCCCCCCCCCCCCCCCCCAGACGGCCCCUUCCCCUGGCCCUGGCCUCCCUCACACAGCGCACCACGCCCGGGGACCCUCUCCUCGCAGUUUCCCCUUCUGGAUGGCUUCCCCGGGGCGGACCCCGACGAUGUGCUCACGGUCACUGAGAGCAGCCGUGGCCUCAACCUCGAGUGCCUGUGGGAGAAGGCCCGGCGUGGGGCCGGCCGCGGUGGGGGGGCACCUGCCUGGCAGCCGGCAUCGGCGCCCCCGGCCCCCCAUACCAACCCCUCCAACCCUUUUUACGAGGCGCUGUCCACGCCCAGUGUGCUGCCGGUCAUCAGCGCCCGAAGCCCCUCCGUCAGCAGCGAGUACUACAUCCGCCUCGAGGAGCACGGCUCCCCGCCCGAGCCCCUCUUCCCCAACGACUGGGACCCCCUGGACCCAGGCGUGCCCGCUGCUCAAGCCCCCCAGGCCCCCUCCGAGGUCCCCCAGCUGGUGUCCGAGACCUGGGCCUCCCCCCUCUUCCCUGCGCCCCGGCCCUUCCCGGCCCAGUCCUCUGCAUCUGGCAGCUUCCUGCUGAGUGGCUGGGACCCCGAGGGCCGGGGCGCUGGGGAGACCUUGGCAGGAGACCCCGCCGAGGUUCUGGGGGAGCGGGGGACCGCCCCGUGGGCCGAAGAGGAGGAGGAGGAGGGCAGCUCCCCAGGGGAGGACAGCAGCAGCCUAGGGGUUGGCCCCAGCCGCCGGGGCCCCCUGCCCUGUCCCCUGUGCAGCCGCGAGGGGGCCUGCUCCUGCCUGCCACUGGAGCGGGGAGAUGCUGUGGCCGGCUGGGGGGGCCACCCUGCCCUUGGGUGUCCUCACCCCCCAGAGGACGACUCCUCUCUGCGUGCAGAGCGGGGCUCCCUGGCCGACCUGCCCCUGGCGCCCCCCGCGUCAGCCCCCGCAGAGUUUUUGGACCCCCUCAUGGGGGCCGCAGCACCCCAGUACCCCGGGCGGGGGCCACCUCCCGCUCCACCGCCCCCACCACCACCUCCCCGGGCGCCCUCGGAGCCGGCCGCGGCCCCCGACCCUCCGUCGGCCGAGGCCAGUCCAGGCUCAGGCCUGUCGUCUCCGGGCCCCAAGCCGGGAGACAGCGGCUACGAGACCGAGACCCCUUUUUCACCCGAGGGAGCCUUCCCAGGUGGGGAGGCAGCCGAGGAGGAAGGGGUCCCUCGGCCGCGGGCUCCCCCCGAGCCACCCGACCCAGGAGCGCCCCGGCCACCCCCAGACCCGGGUCCCCUCCCACUCCCAGGGGCCCGGGAGAAGCCAGCCUUCGUAGUUCAAGUGGACACCGAGCAGCUGCUGGUGUCCCUGCGGGAGGGCGUGACCAGGAGCCUCCUCGGAGACAGCCGGGAGACCGGACCCGGGAAGGCGGGGAGAGGCCCCGGGAACAGAGAGAAAGCCCUGGGCCUGAACAGGGACCUGCCAGUCCUGGGCGGCGGGAAGAAAGCCCCAAGCCUAAGCCUUCCCGUGAACGGGGUGACAGUGUUGGGGAGCGGGGCCCAGAGAGCCCCCGACAUCGAGGAGAAGCCUGCAGAGAACGGGGGCCUGGGGUCCCCAGAGAGAGAAGUGAAAGCGCUGGCGAAUGGGGAGCUGACACCACCAAGGAGGCAGAAGGAACUGGAGAAUGGGGAGCUGAGGUCCCCAGAGGCCGGGGAGAAGGUGCUGGCGAAUGGGGGGCCGAUCCCCCCCGAGAUCGAGGAGAAGGUCUCAGAGAAUGGGCUCCUGAGGUUCCCCAGGAACACGGAGAGGCCGACAGAGACUGGGCCGUGGAGAGCCCCAGGGCCCCGGGAGAAGACGCCCGAGAGUGGGGGACCAGCCCCCGAGACCCCGCUGGAGAGAGCCCCUGCACCCAGCGAGGUGGCCUCGCCGCAGAACGGCUUGGAGACAGCCCCUGGCCCCCCUGGCCCAGCCCCCAAGAGCGGGAUGCUGGACCCCGGGACGGAGAGGAGAGCCCACGAGACUGGGGGGGUGCCGAGAGCCCCCGGGGCUGGGAGGCUGGACCUCGGGAGUGGGGGCCGAGCCCCAGUGGGCGUGGCGAUGGCCCCCGGCGGCGGCCCCGGAAGCGGCGUGGACGCAAAGGCCGGAUGGGCAGACAGCACGAGGCCACAGCCACUGCCACCGCUGCCGCCUCCGGAAGCCCAGCCGAGGAGGCCGGAGCCGGUGCCCCCGAGAGUCAGGCCGGAGGUGGCCUCCGAGGGAGAGCCCGGGGUCCCAGACAGCAAGGCCGGCGGAGACACGGCACCCAGCGGAGACGGGGACCUCUCCAAGCCCGAGAGGAAGGGCCCCGAGAUGCCACGACUGUUCUUGGACUUGGGACCCCCACAGGGGAACAGCGAACAGAUCAAAGCCAAGCUCUCGCGCCUGUCGCUGGCGCUGCCGCCGCUCACGCUCUCACCGUUCCCGGGCCCGGGCCCGCGGCGGCCCCCAUGGGAGGGCUCCGAGAGGACGCGGGCAGCCCCGGUGCCCGUCGUGGUGAGCAGCGCCGACGCGGACGCGGCCCGCCCGCUGCGGGGGCUGCUCAAGUCUCCGCGCGGGGCCGACGAGCCCGAGGACAGCGAGCUGGAGAGGAAGCGCAAGAUGGUCUCCUUCCACGGGGACGUGACCGUCUACCUCUUCGACCAGGAGACACCAACCAACGAGCUGAGCGUCCAGGGCCCCCCCGAGGGGGACACGGACCCGUCAACGCCCCCAGCGCCCCCGACGCCUCCCCACCCCGCCACCCCCGGAGAUGGGUUUCCCAGCAACGACAGCGGCUUUGGAGGCAGUUUCGAGUGGGCGGAGGAUUUCCCCCUCCUCCCCCCGCCAGGGCCCCCCCUGUGCUUCUCCCGCUUCUCCGUCUCGCCUGCGCUGGAGACCCCGGGGCCCCCCGCCCGGGCCCCCGACGCCCGGCCCGCAGGCCCCGUGGAGAACUGAUUCCCCAAAGACCCGACCCCCCUGCACCCCCAGAAGAGGGGCUGAGAGUAGAAUCCUCUGUGGACGACAGAGCCACUGCCACCACUGCAGACGCCACCGCCUCCGGGGAGGCUCCCGAGGCUGGGCCCUCCCCCUCCCCCACCACGUGCCAAACGGGAGGCCCCGGCCCCCCGCCCCCC